AUGGCAAUAAAUCUCAACAAUACAACAGCUAUCGACUCAUUCAUUGCCGGAUUUAAUGGCACAACUCAAUUUAAUGGUGCUUCAUGGAAAACGUCAUAUCCACCUAUUAUUGGAUCAGGUCCGGUGGAAUCUCACGAUCUACCUUUUUUUGAAUAUGGUAACUUAGACCGUAAGGCUUUAGCAACUCAAAAAAAAAUUUGA